UUAUCCUACAUUAACAUUUCUGGCUAUACGUCAUCCAUGGAACCCUAGUGAAAUUAAAAUAAUUAAUAGAUCAUGCGACGGAUUCACAGUACCAGUCGCGACAGAAAUUCUAAGACGAAUUUCUAUUAAUCCCAGAAUGUCUCAAGCGAAUAUCACAGAACAAUCUAAUAGGAAGCAUUGGAUCUGGAAGCGACUUAGAGAGGCGGGAGAUUGUCCUUGGUGUCCCAAGGAAACUCAGGAUCUAGGGCAUUUCAGAAUGAAAUGCAGAAUUAGCAAGCAACUAUGGGAGCGGAGAUAUGAGUGGAUGGAACCACGCCAUUCCUCACAACCAUAG